AACAACCCACACACCCCAGCGACACGCGGAUCCCAGGCCCCUAGUCCGAGGCCAAGGAUAGCGACAUUUGUUAUCCAUACCCACACUAACGUAUCGGCGCCUCAGGGAAGCGCCAGCCGAAACUGCCAUCCGGUGCCUUUUGUUGACCCGCAGAGCCACAACAGGCUUCGAUGUGGAUACAAGCGCCCGUUGAUACUUUCAACAUCCCGGCCCCACUGGCAAUAACCAACAUUGUCCAGAAGGAAACUACAGCCGAGAGCAAAGCCGGUUUCCGCUGUUUUCCCUCGGGGAUUUCGAGCCUUGGAUGUUUUUGGACCCUCUUGCUGACGAGCUACAUGACAGCAAACGUGUACCAGAGAAUUCGACAAAUUGCUGAAGACACACAAGCGUCGCUGUCGCCGAAAUUGGCACAGUUAGUAUUGCUUUCGGCCUGUUUCGGUAGAGAAAGCACCUCAGCCAGCCGCCAACUGUACGGUGGUCUGGGUGCAGGUCGAAACUUGCGGCUUUUAUACCAACUGAUAGAUCGAUGGGCACUUCAACAUGGCCAGUUCUUUUCCAGGUCCAUGAAAGACUUUGGAGUGGUAUCCACUUGCAGGGGCCAGAUUUCUCUCCACACACCUCAGCGAACGACUUACGUCAUCCUUGUUGUGCGUUUAUCCACUCACCUAGCAUCUGUUUAGGUGGAAGCCCAUAUACUGGAAGGCGGGUGGGAGCCGGAAUUCUGCGUCAACAAGGGGAUAACGCCAGGGCAAACCAACAGUGGCGCCAGGCUUGGUCCGAAUGCAAGAUCAGCCUCCAUAGAAGACAUCGCGCCGGAGACAGUUCAUCCCCGGCCUCUCCCUGUUGGAUAGCCGCAGAUUGGGGAGAAGAGCAAGUGGAAACGUACGGGCUGGCCUCAAAGUCAUUUUGGGAUUGCCUACGGUGGACGUAAGAUGUAAAGGAGACAGUCUGUUCUGUAUAACGUAAGUGUCGGGUCAGUCGUGCAUGUGGGUCAGUCGUGCACUUUUCAGGACCUUGACAUUGAAUCAAUCAAUUACUCACCCACAACGCCUUGAAUUUACUUAAACUAAUCGAAAUCUAAACCUCCAGAUGCUUCUCUAUCUAUCUCACAACUGCGUGCAUUGUGACCAAUGCUUCCGCAGAUGCUACAGUGCUUUCCGCGCGGUUGCGCCUUCCUCGCGCGACUACCACCCGCACGCGUUUCCUCCUCUAAUUGUGUAUUGGCGUCUUUUUGGUCCAAAAGAUCUUGUGCCUCGCCGAUAGGUGCGGUUCUCAGCCUUGAGGAGGGCGUUCUCGUGCAUUAUCGCCAUCGCACCUUUCGCAAACUGGUCAACUGCUGAUAUGAUUGGUGUUGGAGAGCUCCCUUGGUGACGGCGGACUCGAUUUUUAAUAAAAUCAGUCUGUGAAGUCGCCUCGGUUGGGUUGUGUGGCGUCUGAGAGGCCCAUGGGAUGUUCGCGGCUGGAAGGCUCCCGGUCGGUGAAGGUGUUGAUAA